AUGCAUCGAAAAAAGGGGUAUACCAGCUUGUUUGGAAAACGUGGCUAUGUGAAACCCAUUAUGAUGGAAGAAGUUCAUGAACUUGACAAAAUGAACAAUGGACGUGAUCAUAUACCGGUUGUACAGCUGAAGAAAACUAUUGGACUUGCAAGUAGUAUAACGAUCAUAGUUGGUUCUAUGAUUGGGUCUGGAAUAUUCGUUAGUCCAACUGGAAUUAUGGAGAAUGUUCGUAGUAUUGGAGCAAGUCUAAUUAUAUGGGUUGCUUGUGGACUUUUCAGUAUGUUAGGAGCAUACUGUUAUGCUGAACUAGGAACCAUGAUUCAUCGAUCUGGAGGAGAUUAUAUAUACGUUUACGAGGCUUUUGGCCCAUUUCUUGGUUUUCUUCGACUAUGGUCAGAAGUAGUUGUUGCUAGACCUGCAUCUGUUGCAAUAAUGUCCAUGACAUUUGCAAAAUAUAUUGCACAACCAAUUUUCCCUGACUGUGAUCAACCUGAAGUUGCAGUGCGUCUUUUGGCGGCAGUGUGUAUUAUUUUAUUAAGUUUUAUCAAUGCCUUCUCUGUACGAAUGUCUACAUUUGUUCAAGAUAUAUUUACUUAUGCAAAAGUAGCCGCUUUAAUUAUGAUCAUUAUUACUGGAUUUGUACAAAUUGGUUUUGGCAAAGUCGAUGGGCUUGUUGGCGCAUUUGAUAAUUCUGACUGGAGUCCAGGUGCAAUAACUAAAGCAUUUUAUGUUGGAUUAUUUGCAUAUUCUGGUUGGAAUUAUUUAAAUUGUAUGAUUGAAGAAAUGAAUAAUCCUCGCCGUGAUUUACCAUUGGCUAUAAUUAUUUCUUGUCUUCUCGUAACAUUCAUAUACACCAUGGCUAAUGUAGCCUAUGUGACAGUAGUCUCACCUUAUGAAAUACUUACUACACCAGCUGUAGCCAUUACAUUUUCUGUAAGAAUUUAUGGAGUUAUGUGGUGGAUUAUGCCUAUAUUUGUAGCAUUAUCUACAUUUGGUGGUGUCAAUGGUACAGUAAUGACAACAUCACGUAUGUUUUUUGUUGCAAGUCAAGUGAAUCAAAUGCCUAAAUUAUUAUGCUUUUUACAUAUGGAUAGAUUGACACCAAUUUCAGCUGUUGUAUUUACAUGUAUAACAUCAUUAUGUUAUCUACUUGUCGGUGAUAUUUAUUCAUUAAUAACAUAUCUUGGCUUUGUACAAUGGCUUGCAAUUGGUUCAUGUGUAUUCAUUGUUAUUGUAUUUCGAAUAACUAGACGACAUCAUCCACGUCCUGUGAAAGCACCAAUUUUAUUUGCAAUCAUUUAUGUUCUCAUAACUUUAUUCUUGGUGAUAUUUGCAUUUGUUGCUGCCCCAACUGAAUCAUUGCUCGGUGUAGCCAUCAUUUGUACUGGGAUACCAGUUUAUAUAAUUGGUUGUGUAUGGAAGAAUAAACCGAAAUCAUUUCAAAGAAAAUUUGAAUCAUUUACUAUUGGAGUACAGAAAUUAUUUAAAGUUGUACCGUCGAAUUAA